AAGAAGGUAGACAACUCUGCAAAAACAUGUGAAAAUGUCCUGUCCUAAUGAGUUAAGAAUUUUCCAAAGGUUAUUGAGAAGAACGAUAUGGUUGCAUCGAAAUUUCUCUGCUGGUGCAAGCAGUCCCCCUGGAAAGUCUGCUAGCUUACACAACAAAGAUCCUUUACCAGUAUUUCUCCAAGAAAGAGUUCAGACAAUACUGAAACAGAUGACUGGCUUUGAUAUGGCCAAAGUGUUUUCAUUUAAUUUAACAUCAAAAGGGAAGAAACCUACAUUUGCUUUAGUUACAGAUGAACAACUGGAAGAGAUGCAUUUGAAAGCCAUAAGAAAGGCAGUGUACAAACUACAGAUGCCACCAGUAAUGAAGGCUGAUGAACCAGUGGAUCAAGUGUUUGGUCAAGAUCCUGAGAUAGCUAAUCUUUUAGACUUCAAAUUUGUCUUCACAGACAUUAGUAUGGGACUUAAAGACAGAGAUAGACAUGUGACAGUGAGGGACACGGAUGGUAGUCUGAGACCUGCAACGUCAGAUGAAAAACAGAGAGCAUGUCAGAUGUACAGUACAAAUGAAGUUCGGAAAGUUAUAAUGCCAAAAAUGUUUGAAACAGAUCAUCUUGAGAAUAUAUUGCAUGAAAAGAACUACAUAUAUAUAUUAGAGCGAGCAUGCAUACAGUUUGAACCAGACAGUCCAGAUUUUAUUAGGGUUUGUAACAGAGUAUACAACCAUGUAGCAGAAACACAGACUUUCGAUGCUUUGAGAUCGACCAGAUUUUUUGGACCAAUGACAUUUUAUUUCGCCUGGAAUAAUAGAACAGAACCCUUACUUACAGAUAUGAUACAGAAUGAUUUGUUAGAAGAUGCUAUAGAUUUGAUAGAGUUAUAUCAGAUUAUUCAUCCAGAAGUGAAAAUGUUGGAAAGUAUAAAUAUGGUUACCAUGGAAAUUGAUAAUGUUGAACAGUCUGAAGAGGCUAUGAAACAAUUAAAGAAAAAUAAGCUAAUGAAUGGAUAUUGCAUUAAAAGGGAAACAGAUGAAAAUACUAUUAGUGAAAAACUGAAGAUUUUAAUGGAUUUUUGUAAGUACCAUGCCAGUAAAGAACAUGCAGCAGAAUUAGAACUUUCUAUACAGACAUAUGAAGACAGACUACAAUCACAUCAGAUAACACAACAAAAUGCAUAGUUGUCAUAAAUGUUUAUUUCUAAAUUUGUAUAAUGAUUGUUUGCAUUAAAAUUGUAUAUAUAAUGUUUUGCAUGUAUUAAAAAGA